UUGGCACGUCGAAGAUAGAGGCGACGAUUUCGGGUCGCCAUCUUCGCGUUUGCGUCUUGUGUUCUUGUAGUCGGCGGAGUUCGUGCCCGUAUUUAGGGAUUGACAUCGUCUGUACGCAGAAUAUUCGCACAAAAUGACGGACACAACGCAAUACGGGAGCUACGGGAGCUCCCAACCUGCGUCAACUGGGUAUGGCAGCUAUGGCAACUACGGAAGCGUGGACCAGAGCUACUCGCAGACGAGCUACACCCAGUCCACGACAGGGUACCCGCAGCAGCAGCCGCAGCAGCAGUCCCAACAGCCCAGCUGGGGUGGCAGCAACAAUGCGACGACUACGCCCGCCGCCACCGGCUACGGUCAGGACCAGUACGGCCAGCAGAGCCAGUCCUACUCGAGCUACCAGCAGCCAAACUCCUACUCCCAGGGGCAGGGUGGCUCGUACGGGGCGUACGGGGCCCCCCCCGCGCAGCAGGCGGCGCCCCCAGCGGCGGGCAACGCGGCGGCGGCCUACCCGCCGGGCGCCUACGGGGCGGCGGCCCAGCCGGCCGUGGGGGCGUACGGGGCCCAGCCCCAGCAGGCCCCCCCCGCAGGGGCCCAGGGGGCCUACGGGGCGGCCCCCCUGCCCCAGCAGCAGGCGGCGCCCCACCAGUAUGCGGGGGCCACGGCCGCGGCUCCCUACGGGGGCUACGGCGCAGCACCCUACGGGCAGGCACAGGCCCCGGCCCCCGUGGCCCCGCCCCCUCAGCAGCAGGGCGGCUACGGCCAGGGGGCUCCGCCCCCUCAGCAGCAGCCGGGCGCCCAGCCCUACGGGGCUGGGGACUACUCUAGGGGGGGAGGGGGCCCCCCGGGGGGAGUGGGGACCCUGCCCACCCCGCACCAGGGACCCCCUGUCGGGGGAGGAGGAGGCGGCUACGGGGCUCCCCCAUCUGGGGGCUACGGGGGACCCGGAGGAGGUGGAGGAGGAUACGGAGGUGGUGGCGGCCAAGGAGGCCCUGGCAUGUAUGGUGGUGACCGCAUGAGCGGCGGAAGGGGCGGCGGAUUCGGUAAUCAAGGUGGUCCCGGUGGAAGGGGAAGUUACAACAAAGGGCCCUCGGAGGAGAUGGCAGACACCAUCUUUGUGUCCAACUUGCCGGAGGAUGUCAGCGAGAACCACCUGGCUGAACACUUUGGAGCCAUUGGCCUGAUCAAGAUUGACAAAAAGACUGGCAAGAGCAAGAUCUGGAUCUACAAGGACAAGAUAACCGGGAAGGGCAAGGGCGAGGCGACCGUGACGUACGACGACCCGCCCACGGCCAGCUCGGCCAUCACCUGGUUCCACGGCAAGGAGUUCAUGGGUAGCAAGAUCAGCGUGGAGCUGGCUCAGCGCAAGGCCCCCUUCGGAGGUGCCGGUGGCUUUGGAGGGGGCAUGGGCAGGGGAGCCCCCCGGGGAGGAGGCCGGGGUGCACCCAGGGGAGGAGGAGGAGGAGGACGCGGGGGAGGACCCGACGGAGGCAUGGGCGGACGGGACGGCGACUGGAAGUGCCCCAACCCGUCGUGCGGCAACAACAACUUCUCGUGGCGAGUGCAGUGCAACCGGUGCUCGGCGCCCCGCGAAGGCGGCCCCGGUGGACCGGACGGCGGGCCGCCCGGCGGCCCGAGGGGCGGCCCCAGGGGGGGCAGGGGAGGUGACCGUGGGGGCAGGGGGGGAGGCCCCAUGGGCAGGGGAGGCAUGGGCCCCAUGGGGGGACGAGGGGGCGGCUUUGGAGGGGGCCGGGGAGGGCCCGGACGUGGAGGACCCAUGCGGGGCGGACCCGGGGGCGACAGAGGAGACCGAAGAGCUCGACCCUACUAGAUAUUGCUGGAGCUGUGCGACCUCACUCUGCUUCAUUGUCUACUAUCUCGAUUUUCAUGCAAUGUCUCCCAUUUUGUCCAUCACCAUACGUGAAGAAAAUCCAUGUUUUAAACGCAUCCAAACGAAUGUAGUGGCGUUUCCCACGUGCAUACCUGUCGCUUCGACCAACCCAACGUAUCGUCCCACACAGUCGUGUGCUACUGGGGAAGGAACGGAAUCGAGCCGUGCGUUGUUCCAAUAAAGGCUUCUGUUCCUGGA